CCCCUUGUUUUUCUCUCUCCCUCUCUCUGUUCAGUUGCCUCUCUGCUCUCUCUGGCACCUGCCUCUCCUGCGCCCCGUCUGAGUGUACCACACGAAGAAGAGAGAGAAGGAGAUGGCAGGAGGAGGCGACAACUCCCAGACGAAUGGAGCUCACGACCAGAGGGCCAUGGAAGAGGGCAGGAAGGAGGAGUAUGCUGACCAGGGCUGCGCCGGCAUGGCCACCUCCGUGCCCUUCAUCCAGAAGAUCCUCGCGGAGAUCUUCGGCACCUACUUUCUGAUCUUCGCGGGGUGCGGCGCGGUGACGAUCAACGCGAGCAAGAACGGGCAGAUCACGUUCCCGGGGGUGGCCAUCGUGUGGGGGCUGGCCGUGAUGGUGAUGGUGUACGCCGUCGGCCACAUCUCCGGCGCGCACUUCAACCCCGCCGUCACCUUCGCGUUCGCCACCUGCGGCCGGUUCCCCUGGCGCCAGCUCCCGGCCUACGUGCUGGCCCAGAUGCUGGGCGCCACGCUCGCCUCCGGCACGCUGCGGCUCAUGUUCGGCGGGCGGCACGAGCACUUCCCGGGCACGCUCCCCGCCGGGUCCGACGUGCAGUCGCUCGUACUCGAGAUCAUCAUCACCUUCUACCUCAUGUUCGUCAUCUCCGGCGUCGCCACCGACAACAGAGCCAUCGGGGAGUUGGCAGGGCUGGCCGUCGGUGCAACCAUCCUGCUUAAUGUGCUCAUUGCUGGGCCUGUCUCGGGGGCGUCGAUGAACCCGGCGAGGAGCGUCGGCCCGGCGCUCAUCAGCGGCCAGUACAGGUCGAUCUGGGUGUACGUCGUCGGCCCGGUCGUCGGAGCCGUGGCCGGAGCCUGGGCCUACAACCUGAUCCGGUUCACCAACAAGCCCCUCCGCGAGAUCACCAAGAGCGGCUCCUUCCUCAAGAGCAUGAGCAGGAUGAACUCCUCCGCCUAGCGGAUCGACUCACUGCAGGCCAUGCUGUGCAUGCAAUGAUCGAGGCACCAGUACUGGGCGUGUAUCAAGCAGGGGAUCAGAAGUUUACCCUGGUGACGGGGUAUUUUAGUAAUUUAGCCUAGUAUGACCAACCUAUUCACCUAUGAAAGUACGUAUGUAUAUUUUUGUGUGUGGAUGGAAAGGUACGUUUUGGACUAUGUGGUAGGGUUGAUCAAGGUGAUCCCUUGUAUGCUUAGCCUUUUCAGUGUGAAAGAGGAUCGUUUAACUCU